AUGAGGGCGAUUUUUGACAAGCUUUCUUGUCCGAACAGUUCGCUGCGGAAUGCUCCCUUCCCUGAUUCCUUCGCUUCAUGGCAACGAUUGAGUGUAGACGACAAGUUUCGUUUGGUUCCCAUAAGCUGUGCUUUGCUCUACGUCAUCUCGCUCCCAUUCCUCCUUCUGUACAAUGAUUCACGGCAAACCCCCAAAGGCGCCAGUUGUCGCAAGGCAAGCUACUGGCUCACGAGAUCCCUCUUAUUGAAGUCGAUGGGUGUGUGCUACCUCGCAGCUUUCCUGACGAGUGCCCUUCAAGCGAGAGCUCUCUUUGGUUCGAAUGGUCUACAGCCGCUGACCUACUCCAACCGGCCUCGGCCAAGCCCCCUAUUCUGGUUCUUAGUGGAGAGCCCUUACGGUCCGCAGCUGCCGUUCCAUGACUGGAUGUUGGAAGCAGCCUGUUGGUCGGGAGUUCUGCUCUCCCUGCUGCUGGUCUUCUCAGUGUUGAACUCCUUCCUCCUUCCUCUCAGCUUGUGGCUGCUUUACUUGUCGAUCGUCAACCUGGGAGGAUGGGUGAUGAACUACGGGUGGGAAUGGCUGACACUAGAGGUAGGCUUCCUCUCAAUCUUCCUGUGCCCCGUCUUCUCCCUUUCACCCUUCCCAAGGGGGUAUCCUCCUCCCCGGCUCGUGCUCUGGCUCUUUCGGUGGUGCGCAUUUCGGCUCAUGAUUGGCGCUGGCAUGUCGAAGAUCGGCUCUCGCUCCUCCGCCUGCUGGAAGGAGCUGACCUGUACCACCACUCAUUACUUCACACAGCCGAUGCCGAACCCUCUCGCAUGGUUCGCUCAUCAACUUCCUCUUGACGUGCACAAGAUUGAAGUGUCUCUGACCUUCUUCGAGCAACUGAUUCUUCCCUUUGGUAUCCUUGUUCCGAUCAGGGCUGUCAGAUUGUUCACAGCAGUCGCUGAGCUGCUAUUCCAAGUGGGGAUUGUGAGCACAGGGAACUACGCCUGGAUCAACUUCAUUGGUGCUGUGCCGUGUCUGGCUCUCCUAGAUGAUCAUUUCUUGUCCUUGUUCUUCCAGUCUCCUCCACACGAAGAUCCUGGCGAGGACAAGGAGCGUCCUUCCGCUUCCAGGGGGUUCGUUGGUUUCCUCUCUGGCUUGCGAGCAUAUUGCAGGCUCGUACUGCAUGUCUCCCUUGUACUUUUUAUUGGUUAUAAGUCAGCAGCCCCGCUCAAAGAGCUUUUCAGCCCUUCUCCCUGGCUCCAUUUCUAUGAUGACUACUUCUUUGUGAAUGCGCAGGGUGUCUUCGGAUUCAUCAAUCAGCACAGGGUCAACCUUGUGUUAUCCUACACUCAUGACAAGAUUCCCAAAUCAAUCGUCAAGAACAAAAGCAAAGGUUGUGUAGAUCACCCUGGGGUCAUUGCAAAUGAUCCUUCAGGUAGAUCGCUCAGUUAUGCUUCAAAAGAUUUCGAAGGAGUCUCAUGGAAGCCGUUGGAAUUCAAGAAUCUCCCAGGAAAUCCACGCAAGAUGCCAUGGUUCAAUUCUCCUUAUCAUCACCGUCUAGAUUGGGAGAUUUGGAUACACACAACAGCUUCCUUGGAGCAUCCGGCACUCAUGGGGCAGAAGCUCGACGUCCCUCCAUUCCUCCAGAAGUUGGUACAAAAGAUCUUAGCUGGUGACUCUGAUUCCGUUUCACUUGUUGGCACUCCAUGGUCUGACUUGUUGCUUGUCGCCAACAAUACGCGCAAGCGCUUAAUGCCCCCUACUGCCAUCAAAGCUCAAUAUUUCUUCUACACCUACACGUCCAACAGAGAGGACGGAUCCUGGUGGAAACAGACUGCUAUCAAAAACAACGAUGAAAUGUUUUGGAUCGCCAAAACAGAUCGAUGGAAAGGAGGAACAAUUGAGAGUUUGCCACAUCGGAGUCGUAUCCUUCUCUUCAUUGUACUCUUCAUUUUCAUGAAAUUGUUUGAAUUCGUUGAAUCUUUUGGUCACUCGGUGAGUAAUAGCAGUAAUCCCAAGGAAUGGGUGCGGGUCAGCACCUCUCAAUUCCUAAUGCAAGUGUUGAAUGGGAUAGGAGGAUGGACAGUGUUUCUGCAAACUCUCUUGUUGGACUACCCAGCGCUCAGGGGCGAAGUGUGCAAGCUUCAUUCUUCAAACAUCUUGGAGUUUGUCUUCGCCAAAGUUCUCUCUACGAAUGCUCAAGCCAGUACACAGUACCAGUCUAUUUUUGUGAUUUCUUUGCUCCUUGGAAUCGUCAAUUCAGCGAAUUGUUUUGAGGUCCUGGAUACAUUCAAGGCGAUAUGCAUGAAAAUCGGAGGUCUUGCCUUAUGUUUUCUUCUAAUCUUCACAUCGUACGAUGCCUACAAAAUAUCUCAGAACCUGCAAGAGUAA